GCUCUCUGCUGUGCCGCCACUAGAGUCUGUCUAUGUUUACUGUGUCGUUGGAGAGGAUUUUGAAGAACUUUGAUCAUGUUUGGUGUUGUGACUCCGACCAGUGCUGUGUGUUGUGAUGGUGUUAAAUGUGUUGUGACAGUGAUGAGUGUUGCUGUGCGUUACUGUAGUGUGUUGUGGCUCUGUCAUUCGGUGUUAUGUCAUGCUGUGAUGUGCUGAAGGAGAAUGUUCUGUGAUCUUGUGAGCUUGUUGUGUCGUGGCAGGAAAGAAUAGCACCGACGGACGACUGAAACCAAUCAACGUUCGCUUUUCCAUUCACAACACUGAAUAGAAAUUUUAAAACACUCAAAUAAAAAAAAAGACACCCCCCCCCCUUACCCAUCAAAAAAGAAAUAUGCGUAGUGGAUUCUGGGAAAUAUUGUGGACAAUAAAUUUUCCCUCGUGUGGCACUGCGGUUGAGAGUACGCGUCGUGUAGCUAUCACCGGUGUCUUGGCUUGGUAUUAGACUGAUCACCAGUUUCUCGUCGAGGAGAUCAUAAUCGCAGGGAAAACUAGUCACUUUCAUUUUUUGUAAGGCGAAGAGUGAGAGCGGGUCAUCCCGGCCCAUUAUUUGGAGCCCUCGUGCAUGAGUGGCAGUGGAUCACGCUGACGAAGACUCUAGAGUAGACAAACUAUCUAUCUAUCAUCUCUGGACGUGGUAGUAGUAAUGGGUCUGGACUCUGUGAUAGCCAGAGACACAAAAAAUACAUGUGGAUGAUCAGUGGAGAUAAGAUUGGAACUUGUUGGGUUGUGCAGGACUAGUGAGUGUGUCGGACAGUGAGGGAGGGUGACAGUGUAUGUGUGCUGGGGAGGUAGUGUGCUGUUGAGGUGCACACACACACACACCACCGACUGCAUCUUACUCCUCCACCACGAUCAACUCGUCUGUGAUGUUGUGAGGCAGCAGUAUGCGAGUGAACAUGCACGAAGGCGGCUUGAUGGAGGUGGAGGACCCCCUGGAAGUCCCUCCUGGCCACGCCCUGGUCUCCCACACGCAGCCGUACGCGUCUUCGGCAACGGCGAGUGGUGGGGGCGGGAGGAUCAAGGUGGUGAGGCUGAUCAGGAGGAACGGGGAGUCGUACGGGUUCAGCCUGCGGGGAGGGCGGGAACACGGCACCGGCUUCUUCAUCUCCCACGUUGAGUCUGGCUCAGAGGCCUUCCUCCAGGGCCUCAGGGCGGGUGACCAGGUGCUGCGAGUGAACAACAUGUGUGUGGAGCAGGCAGUCCACAGGGAGGUCACGGCCAUGGUCCAGAGCAAGUCCUCAGUCCUCCUCAAGCUCAAGAGUGCCGGUAUCAUACCCCUUAAGGAACAUCGAGGAGACCCUCUUACAUGGCUGGUAGUGGACGACGAUGAGGACCUGUCAGAUCACGGUACAGAUUCUUACAGCCAAUCAUUGCCGUCCUGUUCAGCCCACGAGAGUGAGUUCGAAUCUUUCCAUCAUUCCCAUCCAGGCACGUCACAGCCAGUGGCGGGGAAUGAAGGUUACGCGAGAGUGUUCCUUUCGUGUAGUGGGAAAGUUGGCCUUGGCUGUAGCAUUUGCAAAGGCCCAGCUGAGAAACCCGGCAUCUUCGUGCAGAGUGUGCGGGUGGGCGGCGUGGCCAAGAAUGCUGGACUCCGGCCUGGUGACCAAAUUCUUGCCUGUAAUGACAUCAGUUUUGCACACCUCGAGUUUGCUGAGGCUGUGUAUGUGCUCAAGUCAUCGCCCCGCCUGGCCUUAGAUGUUUUACGUGGAGCUGGCCUCGACCUGGUGGCUGGUGAGUCCUCUGGAUAUAACUCUUCAGCAUCUUCAGUUGCAGGAGACCAGACACCACCAUCUUCCUCCUCCGACCCGAGGGAUUCUGAUCAUAGUGUCACAACAAGACUGAGUGCUGUGAGUCGCCACCUAAACCUGGACAGGGCACGAGGAUGGCGGGAGAUCGAAUCAGAGUGGGCUGAAGCUGAGGCCGAAGAGAAAAGGAGACAGCUGCAGUCUUCUCAGAAGACUCUCAAAACCAGGGCUCAGCGUGAUGCCAGCCACAGGCUCAGCUCUGUUGGCAGUCGGUCUCUCAGCAAUCUAAGUGCUGCCCUCAGAGAAGAGGAUGAUGAAGAACAGCGAACAGCUUUCCGGGAUGGUUCACCUUCUUACACUCACAGUAUUUCAUCUACCCGCACUCUUUUAACACCUACACAUGCCCACUACAAGCCCAUUCUGCGAAGCACAAGAUCUAGUAAUGAUGUUACAGAAGACACUAAUCACAAAAUUGCCCUGGUCACUUCAGCAGACCCCCAUGUUAACAAUAUUGUGGUGAGUGGUGGCCCCAAGGAUGAGAGAGAUGCAGUCUUUCGUCUGGACCAACUCUCCAGUCCCUCUGCCAGUAGGACAUCUACACUGAGUAGUGGCAUGUCCCAAGUGACUGUGCGGUCAUCCUCGGGCAGUGGAAGCUCACCUUCAGUAGGCAAAGCAGCAUCCCCAGUGGUGACACCAUCAGUGGUGGAGCAGCAAUUACGGGAAUUAAGAGAAGAACAAAGGCGGUUAAAAGAGGAGGCCAAUAGACUUGCACAUGAGCGACGGAAAUUUGAGGAGGAGAAGCGUCGUGGGCUAGAGAGAACCCAGAGUGCCCCAUUGGCUCCCCUGGUGAUCACCUGCUCGGGGCAGUCCCUACUCCCUCACCUUCAGCCGCCCCCCAGCCCCACCUCAUCCAUUGGUAGUGGCCGGCACACUACCAGGGUUCUCAUCAAGUCCCCGCCACCACCACCACCGCCACGUAAAAACACCACUACCUUAACUUCCCAACAUAGCAGCUUCCAGCCCAAUCAGGUAUCCCCUCCAGCAUCCCCAGCACACAGCAGCAGCAGCAGCAGCGGCGUUGGAUCAUCUUGUGGAUCUGGUGCUCCACCACGACGCUGCAAGAGUAUUGGUUCAUUAUCGGCUAGCAGUGGUGAAAGUGCAGUGUGGGAAGAACUACCCAUUGCAAACCGUGUUCUGCCAGUCAAUAUCCAUCCAACAUUCCGAUCCACAAUGCCACCUCCCACGCCCCCAAAACCACCUGCACCUCCUAGCACACAUUCAAAUAGCAUCAGUGGGCCACCAAUAGUAGUGGGUGCCCCUCCUCCACCUCCACCUCCUCCUCCACAGCCUACCUCUUCCAUCCCUAAACCUAGCUUAGCUGCUGCCCUUAAUAGAGAACUGGAACGCCGCUCCGCACAGGAAGUUCAUCUUGGACUAAAUGGUGAUGACAAAACAAAAGCUCAAGUGAUUGAGGACAAAAUUGAUGCUUUCAAGAAAGACAAACCGAAGGCAGGACCAGCUGAUUCUAAGCGAGCUCAACAUGAUAAGUUAAUGGAAGAAUUCAAACUUGCUCACAAGAAAAUGUUCACAACAAACGACAGUGCCAGUGAAGAUAAUAAAGAAGAAAAAAACGAGUCAAACAUGUUGAGUCACCCUAAAGUGACCAGAACACUUCCCACUCAAGUAGAAAUUUCAUCCAGAAUUAUAAGCAACAGCCCUAUUAACAAAAAUCUUGAUGUAGCACACACUAAAAAGAAAGUGACAACUUCCAUCCUGACCAAUGAUCUAAGCCCACCAAAUGGCAUCAAUUCCAAAUCAAAAUUUAUCAGGAAAGAGGAGAGCAGCAGCAGCAGUAGCAACAACAAGGAAAUUGUUAACAACAACUCUUCUAGCAACAAAACCAGUUCAUCAACAUCAGUUGCAAGACAGGUACCUCUUCCUACUCCACAUCCCCCUCCACCACCACCUCCCCCUCCUCCUCUCCAAAAUUUCCUAAGUUGCAGAAAAAACAAUUUCUCCAGCACAUCUGUACCUGGCAGCAGCAAAGCUGUACAUAUACCACCUCAUACUAAUAAUAAGUCUUCUUCAAGCCCGUACCAUAAUCUCUCUCGGCCACAUUUUUUGGCCACUCCUAGUUUCAGCCCUACCAACAAUGUCUCUAGGCCCCAAUCAUCAGCAUCCGGAGCUCCGCCCCUCCCGCCCCCCAUGCCUGCAACAUUCACCCCGCUUCCCCCUGCUCAAUGGAAUGAGCGGUCGGGAGGCAGCAGCAACAACCACUCACCAUCAGAAUCAUCCGCAUUAUCUACAACAAAAUCUCCACUGCGUCCUGUGAGUGUGGCAGUGAUGGAAGAGUUUAAACCUGAAGAAAAGGCAUCAAAUUCAAAGCGACCUCCUAGUGCUUAUUUUGAACCUCAACGAAAAAGCCCAGGAAAGCCACUCGUUUCUAUUGGUGCUUACCCAUCACCAAACCAAAGGCCAACACCUGUCAAAUUGGAGUUCCUCCCAACAAUAGGUAGUAAAGAUAAUGAAAUCAAUGGAGUGAAUGUGGUUGAUGGACCAUUAACAAGAGCAUGCCUACAAAAAGAACUUGAGUCCACUCUAUCCCGCUCAAAUUUACGUCAACGUCAUGCACCUCAGCAGCUACCCAUAGACCCUCCAUCAUCUUUUUCUGACACUAACUCAAUCAGUGCUUUAAAAACUGAGUCAACUUCUACUGAUAUUUCUACAGCUACUUUCACUACUACAACAAUCCAAAAUAAUGCCCCCAGCCCUAAAGCAUCUUUAUCCACCAAGUAUCGUGGUAUAAGACAGGAUGCUCCUGUCACCAUCAUUAUGAAAGGUGAUUGCGGCAAGGAGAACGAGGCACCUGAGUCCCCUCCUACAGGCAUCCUGAAGCCCUCAGGCCCACCUUCCAUCAGGCCCCUGCAGAAGUCUAUAUCAUUUGGUGAUGUAACAACAGUAGGUGAAGAUGAUCCUCGGACGUAGUAGUUGAGAAGAACUGUAUACAAAUAGGCCCCGGACCCUCUCCCUAACAAGGACUGUGCUAUGAUCCCCUAUGCUGAUGCCAUACAAAAAUCUUCUUUCCUUUCUGAUGUAAAAGUAGUUCAAUAGAAAUAAUAAUAAUAAUAAUAAUAAAAAGGAAUUCUUUACACAUGUAUAUACAGUAUCUGAAAACAGUACUAUUAAUGUAAUACCUGUAUUAUUUCCUAUACAUUCUGGUCAAUUUUUAUUUGAAUAGAAUCAUUAUCAGUACAGUACAGUACAGUAUUUUGUUUAAGAACUGUACAGUACAUUAUCCUGCAUAAGUCCAUGAGAACUUUGAGACUACAAUGAUUUUUUUCUUUAUUUUUUUUUUAUUAAUUUAGUUUUUGUUUUUGCAUUGAAGUCCAUUUAAAUUUACGCUUAGAUUAAGUUUGAAAUAUAUAUUCAGGUAACUCUGCCGUCUCUUUAUCUCUAUUACUAAGUUUAUUAAAUGUUUAUGAUGUAUAAUUCCUCAACUUAUGUAAGAAUUAUGUAUAUAUACAAACAUAUUUUAUGGUUUGGACUACUGUAUAAGUAAAGCAUGGUGUUAUGUACAUAUCACUGUUCCAUAGAUCAGUAUUUGGUACUGAGUACAUGUAUUUAAAGUGUUCACAAAUCUACACUAUAAAUAUUAGAAACCAAUAUACACCUUGUGUUCACUAACAGUUCAGAUUGAACCAAUAAAAAAUUAUAGAAGGAAA